ACACACACACACACACACACACACACACAUAGAGAGAGAGAGCUCUAAUAAUCCUGCGGUAGUGCACUGACAGCAGCUGCUCCUGACUCUCGGAUCAUUUUAAACGAUUCUUCUUCAACCUGCUUUAAAUUUUAACCAAACAAACAAACAAAAAAAUACAGACACACAAUGGGAAAAGUGGAAGGUGCAAUGAAAUGCGUGAAAUACCUGCUCUUCAUAUUCAACUUCAUAUUCUGGUUAAUGGGUUCUCUGGUGUUGGCUGUUGGUUUGUGGUUGCGGUUGGAAAACGACACAGUGAGUCUCCUGCACAGUGAAACAGCACCGGUCACCUUCUUCAUUGGAGUCUACAUCCUGAUCGCAGCGGGGGGGUUGGUGAUGUUGGUGGGGUUUUUCGGAUGCUGUGGUGCUGUUCGAGAGUCUCAGUGUCUCCUCGGCUCGUUCUUCGCCUGCCUCUUGAUCAUCUUCGCAGCUGAAGUUGCUGCUGGUGUGUUUGGAUUUCUGAAUAAAGACUCGAUUAUUGAGGACAUUCAGAAAUAUUAUAAAUUAUCAUUAGACAGUAACAGCACGGAGAUUACCAACAGCUACCAUCGAGUCCUGGAUUGUUGCGGCACUGAAGGAACACCAAAAAUUCUGUGUCAUGAUUCUUCAUCUAACACCAAGAAUUGUAUCGUAGCCAUCGAAGAGUUUUUCAACAGUAAACUGUUCAUCAUCGGAUACGUGGGGAUCGGAAUUGCCGGCGUCAUGAUUAUCGGGAUGAUCUUCAGCAUGGUGCUGUGCUGCGCGAUCCGGAACAGCCGUGAGGUCAUCUAAUUUAGUGACCCUUUGGCCUCUUAACCUCUGCGGCAAUUUUUUUCCAGACACAACAAGAGCUUCGAGAUCAACACGAAUCUCCUUUUCCAUCAUUCAGAACAUCCAGUCAGAAGCUAAUGGAAGAAUUUCUUCUUUUUAACCUUUUGAGUUUGGAUUUUAUCUUUUUUUUUUUCUUCACUUUACCUGCUGGAUAGGUGUCGUAAAAUAUUCUGUUUGUAAAGCUGUUUUAAGGAAUUGUAUUUAAUUUAUAUAUUUCUGAAUCUACUGGAGGAUGUUGAGAUGCGUAAUUUAAAGACUGGGCUCUCUGGUGUUACAUGACCAAGAGAGAUUAGACCGGUGAGGUCCGCUGAGUCAAAGUGAGCGUAAAUAACACACAUUCCUGUUUAACAGUCCGAGUGCAGUACCGCAGGGAGAGUGAUUAAAAAGGUGUGUGUAGCGUACAUGCUGUGUGGUUUGGGACACGUCCACAGUAGAAUAAUGAUAUUAAUAUAGAAUUAGUGCUUGCUAAAUAAUCCUGGGUAGUGCACUCAGCCUUUUGGACCUGUUUAUUAUCAUAACUCUUAAAUUGAAUUAAAUCGGAAUUUAGGUUUACGAGUAUCCACCUCGUAUUACAUAGUCGCUGCCUUUAGGACCUAUUUGUACAUAUUGCUGAGAUUUAUACUCCGUUUUUGUAACGUGUGUGAUGGUGACUAUCUGUGACGUGCUGUUGGUUUGCGUAGAAGCUAGUCGUCGGCAUUUCGAAGUAUACGAUCGAUUAAGGUGCCUUGCUCUUUUAUACAACUUGUAUAACCCGAGAUCUUCAACCCGUUUGGGUUAAAAUCAACAGAUUUUAGCUUUUUGUGUUCCAAUCCUGAUUUCAACACACACUCGUACACUCCCUCUCGGUCGAGGCCGUCCAUUCUGUUCGGAUCGAGUCGACCAACGUUUACGCUAGCGAGCAAGAAAUCGUUCGUGUCGUUUGUAGCUCGUUACCUGUUGCUUUGUCACUUGCUAGAGUGAACGUAAGGUAAGACUUACUUCAGCAACACAAUUUACUCCAAAGCCAUCGCGGCAAUCCUACCGCCGUUUCCUGGGGUGUUUUUAAAAUCUAUUUAUUUAUUUAUUUAUUUAUUUUGAUUUUAAAAACAUCGAACAAACCUCGUAAGUGUAAACUGGAGCACAAGAAAUUAAUUGUCAUUACUUAUGGUGCGUUCAAUUCAUGUUGGAAAGACCGUAUUUAUGAAUUAAACACACAUGAACAUAUUUAGUUGGCGGUAAAUGUGCUAAAGUCGAACGUUUACAUUGUUUCAGAUGCUGAUUUCAGUUUUAAUUCGGUUGAAUUAUGAAGCAAGUUAUUUAACAAUUAUGUCCCCUGUAUGGUUAGAGAGUAACGGUUCGACAUACAGUACAUCUUUCUUUUUAUUUACAAUAAAGAUAACUGCCUGCACAAAAUACAAUAGCAUUGUACACUUUAAUUUAAUACAUAAUGAUGACGUUUACAGCAGCUUCAUAACAAACAUUAAAAAAGCAAAACACCUGA